CCGCAGAGAAACAAGAUGGCGGCCUUGACAACCGGCGUCUACGGUGCCGGGCCAGGAGGAGCCGGGGACCAGAGGACGGCGGUGGCAGCUACGGCGGUGGGAGGCGACGAGACGGACAGCGGCGGCGGCUGCAGCUUCCGCAGGAAGGGGCCCGCGCCCGCGCCCGGGGCCGGCGGCGGCGCUCGGCUGCGCUCCAUCGCAGGGACGCGGCCGUCGGUGCGGAAUGGGCAGCUGCUGGUGUCCGCCGGCCUCCCGGCCCUGGACCAGCUCUUAGGUGGUGGUUUAGCUGUUGGAACACUGCUCCUAAUCGAGGAGGAUAAAUAUAAUAUUUAUUCCAAUUUGCUCUUCAAGUAUUUCUUGGCUGAGGGAAUAGUCUGUGGGCAUACUCUGUUGGUUGCCUCUGCUAAAGAAGACCCUGAUGAUAUUGUACAGGAACUUCCUGAACCAUUACAAGACGAUAAGUAUAAAAAAGAGCUUGAUGAAGGAAGUAGUCAUAAAUCACACAGAGAGCCGGAUAUUUCCAUGAAGAUAGCCUGGCGUUAUCAAAACUUACCCAAAAUGGAGGCUGGCCCAGGAUCAUCUUCAAGAUUUGGUCACUAUUAUGAUGUGUCAAAAAGGAUGCCCCAAGAGAUUAUUCAGUGUGCAAAAUGGCACAAAUUUUUCCUUCCAGAAGAAAUUACUUCAUAUCCUAAUGCAGAAUCCUGUGCUCUGACCCAUGGCUACACGAAGCUUCUUCACUUCAUCCAGAGAAUCAUAUCUGAACAAGGAUUCGAUGGCUCCUGUCCCCAGAAAAAACAAAAAAACAUUUUAAGGAUUGGAAUUCAGAGUCUUGGCUCACCUUUGUGGGGAGAUGACAUCUGCUGUGAUGAUGCCCCUGAACAUAUGCAUAGUCUUACAAGAUUCCUGUAUGUUCUUCGUGGUCUUCUCAGAAUGUCUCUGUCAGCCUGUAUCAUCACAGUGCCGUCACAUCUAAUUCAGAAUAAAGCAAUUAUUCCACGUGUUAGAAACUUGUCGGAUACAGUAGUUGGUCUUGAAUCAUUUCUCGGUUCUGAGGGAGAAGCCAAUUCUCUAUAUAAGGAUUUCCAUGGUUUGAUUCACAUACACCAGAUCCCCCGGCUCAAUAGCCUGAUUGGCGAUGUGUCCGACACGAAGGACCUUGCUUUCAAACUCCAAAGGAAGGUCUUCACCAUUGAGCGACUGCAUUUGCCUCCAGACUUGUCAGACACAGUGAGCCGAUCGAACAAACGGGAUCUGGUGGAAUCCGCCAAACAGCUGAGCCUGGGAUGUGGCGUGACGGCUGGAGGCAAAGAUCACUUGGACUUCUAGGCAUUGCUCCUCACUCAAUGCUCUCUCUCAGAUUUCUAUAACAUCCUAUUUUGGGGUUACCAAUGGUUUAUGUUAAUGUUUUUCUUAAUGAUUUAACCCAACAAUCUUAAAAAUUGAUAAAGGAUUUUUUAUGUGGCACCUGCUCUCUUCCUUAUGUGUUUUUAGUCAUGGUUUGGUUUUUUUUUCCUAGUAAACUGUAACAAAUAUUAUUCCAUUUAAAAGUUACUAUUUAGAUAAUGAAAAAUACCUUUCUCCUUAUUGUUGAGAGGUGGGGAACUGCUAGGGCAGAAUACAGUAUACGUGAUCAGAUACGGCCACUGUUUAGGAUAGUUUUGCUUGUUUUUCUUUUUUUACAAAUUAAGACUAAAUUUAGAAGAGGAAGAUGUUUUCAAAAAUAACUGUAAUGUAAAAGCAGAGGGCAUUAAUAAAUAUUUUUAUAUUUAAAAAAGUUAUACAUUAUAUUCUCAGUUGGAAUAAUAAUAUUUUAUAAAUAAAAACAAACUCAACCUCAAAAAAAGAUCAUGCUAUUCUACAGUGGACAAUGAUAGGCUUAGAUUUUUUGUGUCUGUGUAAAAACCGGUAACACAUAGUAUAUGGAAAUCUUGUGAGAUUCGUACAAGAUGUUCAUAGUAACUGAGGAUCAUAAUUAUUCUUUAUUUCUGAAAACUCCAUUCUCCACUGAAAAUAUUAUAGCUUGGGCAGAGCAAGACAUGACAAAUUAUUUUUGCAAAGGUAUAAGGACUAUACUGCAUCAAAGCUAGCAUGUCAUGCAUUCUGUUAUGUAAAUUAUUAAAUUGAUAAAGAAACAAGAUUUGAGGGUAAGACCAUUGAAGAUAAUGCAUCUGCUAUGUUGGUUAAUAAAUGUAUUAAAACAAACUUCAGUGAUCCAAAUUUGUUCAACCCAGAAAAGGAACUGAUGGCCUUCUGUAGUUCACAGCAGUAAUUCUAAACAUUGAAAGUCAGCAUUGUAAAAUCAUGUCGCCAAACAGAGGUCAAGAUUGAAAUCUAAACUGACAGUGAUAUUAAUGCCAGGAUACCCAAAAAAGGGCACUGAAGCUGGGUGGGAAAGUAGCACAGAACACAGACUUGAAGCCAAAUGGUGGAAGAUUUUUAAAAAACAAAACAAAAACACCAACUAACUCAUCUUCCCCUUGCAUCAGCUCUACCCUACCCUUCAUUAGUAAAUUCAGGAAGGUCGGUCAUUGAAGAACUAUUCAUUCAGAUCCUCCUCUGGGCAGGCCUCCUAAGAAUGCGAGUUUUUUAUCCAUACACAGGCCAAGCUGCACACAUUUUGUUCGAACAGAUUUGUAGUAACAACUGUCUAUCUUGAAGUCAUCUUUCCAUGUCCUUGAAUUUUUUGUACAUGUGCUCAAGGUGACCUGGGCACAGAAUAGCUACCAAUGAAUGUAACUUACAAAGCAACAUUUGCAUCUUUCAGCAGCUAGUCUCUUUCUAAAUGGGCUAAGACCAAUAGUGAAAAAACUGGGUUUCCAAAAUAUAUUUUCAUAUAUGUUAUUCUAUUUUGAUGUGAUUAUAACUAACGUUUUCAAGUGGCCUGCUUUUAAUAUGUUACAAAUUUCACUGUUAUUUGUUCUUGACCACAUUGCAUAAAACAAAGAGUUAGCUUUUAAAACUGUCUAACUAAUAUGAUGAAUGUCAAUCACUUAAAAAAAUCCACUGUAGCAUAAACACAUACUGUAUACAGCUUUUAUUCAGAAUUAGAAUAAUUGAAUCAAUGACAGUGAUUUGCUUGGAUGUCAAAUCUCUCCAUCAUAUCCUGUCACUACCAGUUUAUUUUUUGUGAUAAAAUCAAAAAGACUACUAUUUUUUUUUCAGCUGCUAUUUCAUUAGUAGUAACAAUCAGGGGUUUUUUUCUUUCUUUUUUUUUUUUUUUAAGAAUGUCUCAGGGUUUUUUUUUUUUUCCGUUUCUUUUAAUUCCUAAAGACACAAAUUCUUAUCAAUUUUCUUUUCAAAACAAAGUUUCAGACCUUAUCUGUCAGUUAAAAUUUAAAGGCUUUGAUAUUUUUAAGCAAAGGUGUUUUUUAAAAUCUCAACAGACUUCAAGAACUGAUUUGGUCUAUGCUUUAUAAAUAACUAAAAAAAAAUACUGAACAAAAGCUUUGCUGUGUCCUUUGAAAGUAAUUAUGAACAAUUUGAACGCAUUCAAAUGAAUAUUUGUAGUCAGGUUAUUAUUUUAACAAAACUAAUCUUUUUUUUCCUGUAUUGUAAUUCAUUUGAUACAAACACAACUGAACAAUUAUGUUGGAUUUGACUCUGAAAAGACGAACUGAAGUCAUCAAAUAUGUAAAUUGCUUGUCAAAAUACUUAAUAGGUCAUUGAUUGACUUCCCUGGCUACCAUGUCUAUAAAAUUAACAGUCAAUUACUAGUUAAUAUAUGCUUUGCAAGUAGAUAAGUACUAUAGGAACUGAAUAUGCAUAUUUAAACCUUUGAUUUAAAUAUAAAAAACUUUGCAAACUCAGUAAAAGUGUAUUUGUAGCAAUAAAAAUAUGUAGGUCUUGUGUAAAUCAGAUUCAGGUGCUUUUUUGUUGUUGUUUCCCUAAAAGGAAAGCAGUUCAAAUUUUUUUUUCUUAACUUCAAGAAACAUUAUUUGUACUAAAACAUACUAAGGUGACUUAGUAACUUAAUCCCCCCCAAAAAGGGGUCCUAUUUCUAAACAUGCCCCUUUUCAUAUUAAAUGAAAUAUGAGACAUCAAAAGAGCU